AUGGCUGACAAUUAUCGUGGUCGCGGUCGUGGGAAUGGUAAUGGUGGUGGGGAUCGAGGUCGAGGUCGCGGCGACCGUGGGGGAGGCCGCGGUCGGGGCCGCGGCGAUAUGGAAAUGCCUUUUCGACCAGCCGGAGGUUCACCGGGAUCUCGUGGAGAUUUUCGAGGGGAUUUCCGCGGUGGUAGAGGAGGUGAUCGAGGACGCGGUGGAGAUCGAGGACGCGGUGGAGAUCGAGGACGCGGUGGAGAUCGUGGUCGUGGAGAUCGUGGUCGUGGAGAUCGUGGUGGUGGUAGAGGAGGAGGCUUCCGCGGAGGCUUCCAACAAGGCCCGAAAAUUUUCAAUGAGGGUCGCCCGGUCCCUGCCCCCGAUGCCCGCGUUGAGAAGAUCGAAAAUGACAUCGCCAAAGCCUUGGUUGGGCGAAAGAAGACAAAGACAGACCCAAUGUAUCCCGAUCGGCCAGGAUAUGGAACACUUGGAAAGCCUGUUACGCUGUAUGCCAAUUAUCUAGCGUUCACUUCUGUUGGGCAGCUUUUGUAUCGCUAUCAUGUCGCGAUUGGCAAAGAUCAGGGUAAGGAUGUGCCUCCGAAGAAAGCGCGGCAGGUUGUGCGCCUUCUGCUUGAAGAGCACUUUCCUCAAGACUUGAACAACAUCGCCACCGAUUAUCGCUCGAACUUGAUCGCCUGUGUUAAAUUGAAUCUCCCUGGUGACAGCAAAGUGUUUGAUGUGCGGUACAAGACGGAGACUGAUCCUGAAUACCCUGAAGAUCCGAAGGUGUACUCUGUGACUGUGCAGGGUACAGGAACUCUCCAACCAGAUGAACUGAUUGACCAUCUUACUUCAAGUAGUGUUACUACGGGUCCGUUAGCGAUUCAGGAGCAAAUUGUCCAAGCUCUGAAUGUCAUCAUGGGUCAUCAUCCUAAAACUGAUUCAUCAGUGGUUUCAGUCGGGGCCAACAAGCAUUACAGCAUGAAUGCAGACAUUGUCGAGCGAAUGAAUCUUGGUGGGGGACUGGAGGCCCUGCGUGGCUUCUUCGUGAGUGUACGUGCCGCUACAGCACGUGCUCUAUUGAACGUUCAAGUGAAGUAUCUCGCAUGCUAUCAGGAAGGUCCGCUGCCCAUGGUGAUCGGAGACUACUACCGCGCGAAUUCUCGUAGUAACAGUCACCGCUUGGAGGCCUUUUUGAAACGUGUGCGAGUUCGUCCUAAUCACAUUGUGCGCAAGACGAGCAGUGGCAAGCCUCGCCCUCUUCCCAUCAAAACUAUUGCGGGCUUGGCUUCACCUGGUGAUGGCCGUUCUAGCCCACACCCACCCAAGGUGGCUAAAUCAGGUGCUGGCCCUUAUGAUGUCCAGUUCUACUUGGAUCCCCCCGGUUCCAGGUCCUCGCCAACGCAACCUGCUGAGGGUAAAGGCAAGAAGAGUAAGAAGCCGCCCAAAGCCGGCCCUUCUCCGGAUGGCCAGUAUAUCUCGGUUGCCGCUUACUUUAAGAGAGAAUACAACCGUGACGUCAAUCGAGAGCUACCUGUCCUCAAUGUUGGCAACCGUCAGAACCCCAUGUAUCUCCCGGCUGAUGUCUGCGAUGUUAUCCCUGGUCAGCCAGUGGGAACCAAACUUACCCCAGAUCAAACAUCCGGCAUGCUUAAAUUUGCUGUUAUGGGUCGUAAACCAGCACAGAAUGCCCAGUCCAUUGUGACAAAGGGAGUGGGUAUGCUGGGAGUGGGAGAGCCUCUCAACGCGACUUUGUCUGCUUUCGGAAUUCGAGUGAAUAACAACCUGAUCACCGUGCAAGGUCGCGUUUUACCCGCACCUAAAAUUCUGUACGCCAAGCAAAAAGAGAUCAUGACCAUGGGCGGAUCGUGGAAUAUGAAAGCUAUCCAGUUUUCUAAACCUGCUGUUCUCAGAAACUGGACAUGGCUUUACUUCGUGACUCCUCGUGGACGCCCGGCUUUCUCCUCUUCAGCCGAAAUGACGAGUUCUUUGCAGAAAUUCACAUCUGUCCUUCGAAACAUGGGUAUCAACGCCGACCCCCCUGUGGAUGGCAAACGCAUCGAACUCGACGGACGAAACGAUGCUGAAAUGAUCGAAAAGGCUGUUCGCGACCUACAAAACCAAUAUAGAACAACGUUUAUUCUGGGAAUUCUGUACGGCAGAGAGACCGGGCUUUACAAUACUAUCAAGCAGGUCUGUGAUGUCCGUUGCGGAAUUCGGAACGUCAAUGUGCAGGCCGAGAAAUUCAGCGCUGCACAGGACCAGUACUGUGCCAACGUGGGCCUAAAGAUCAACCUCAAAUUGGGUGGAGGAAACCAAUCCCUCCGCAGUUCUGACCUUGGCUUGUUCGCAGACGGUAAAACGAUGCUAGUCGGUCUCGAUGUCACUCAUCCCUCUCCAGGUUCGGCAAGCACUGCACCCAGUGUCGCCGCAAUUGUGGCUUCUGUAGACUCCGCCCUUGCACAAUGGCCUGCAGAGCUUCGUAUUCAGCCCUCGAGGCAGGAAAUGGUCGCUGAUCUCGAUACCCUUUUGCAGUCGCGCCUUAAGCUCUGGGCCAAACACAAUAGCAACAAAUAUCCCGAGAACAUCGUUGUUUAUCGUGAUGGUGUAUCCGAGGGCCAAUACACUAUUGUGUGUGAAAAGGAACUGCCACGCCUCAAAAGUGCCUGCGAAAGUAUCUACCCAGCUUCUGACACGAAGAAGGGUCUUCCGCGUCUUGCUAUCAUCAUUGUCGGGAAACGCCACAACACCCGGUUCUACCCCACGGCCGAGGAGAACGCCGAACGUUCCUUCAACCCAAUGCCCGGUACUGUUGUUGACCGUGGCGUUUCAGAGUCCCGGAGCUGGGAUUUCUUCUUGCAGGCCCACUCUGCACUUCAGGGGACUGCGCGCCCUGCUCACUAUUUCACCGUUUACGAUGAAGUCUUCGCAGCACGCCACCCAGGUGGUAAUGGAAGUCGUGGAGCAGCCGACGCCCUCCAAGACUUGACGCACAAGAUGUGUUAUCUCUUUGGCAGGGCUACGAAGGCAGUCAGUGUUUGCCCGCCGGCAUAUUACGCAGACCUUGUGUGCACGCGCGCAAGAUGCUACAUGAGUGAACUUUUUGACCCUACCGCUGCUACGCCAGACGCAAGUGUUGUGGGCACUGAAGGUGAAACUGGAACCACACCUGACAGUGGCCAGGUUGUUGUCCAUCCUAAUGUGAAGGACACAAUGUUUUACAUCUAG